AAAUUGUAUGAUUUUAGCAUCAAGUUCGCAAAUCGCAAUUUUUUAUUAUUUUUGUUGUUAAAUUAGAAGACUUAAAGAAGUUUCGAUUGUAUACACAUUUGUAAAGAACUUACCUAAAUUCGAUAACAUAAUUGGUUUCACCAAAGAAGAUAAAAAAAAAAAAUUGAGUGGUAUCUUUUGUUGUGUUGAUUUGCCGAUGGUUAUCAUUAACUUCGCAUAACAUUUGCGUUAAAAUGGCUAUAGGAAACGUAAACGUGUUACUUUUAAGCCAAAUCGCAGGCUACGUGAUAGGUCUCAUCCUCUCGCUAUGCAUCAUUGUGCCGAUGGGUAUGCAUCAAGAUGAAUUCAGUGGGCACUGCCUGCUAUUCUCCAAGGGUGUGUGGCAGGAGGAGGACGGGCAGCUGCUGGUGUCCUGGGCUUCCAGCUCCUACUGCAACUACGUCAUAGCGGUGGGGGUGCUCAUGUUUUUGGUCUGCUUCUUGCAGAUAUACAGACUGUCAAUGUUCAUGUAUCGCGGCAUAGACAGCUCCUUCCUGUCUGCCUUCAUCGAGGCAGUGGGCUGCGCAAUUCUGUGCGCGCUCGCGGUGUCGGCCGCUUCGCUGGUGACCCUGGGUUUCAUGACCUGGUGCCAGAACAUUGUGGAACGAUUUCCAAGCUGUGAAGAUGCGACAGGCCAGGAUAUAGACAAGAAAGACAAGAUAUCCACACACGGGUUCUACAUUGAACUGGGCACUGCACAGUUCGGCGCGUGGGGCGCGUUCGCGACGUGGGUGGGGCUCGCGGUGUUCGCGGUGCUGAAGGUGUGCCGCUACCACCAGCUGCAGAACAUCCAGGUGUCCAUGUACCGCGAGCGGCAGCGCCUCGUGCGCGAGGGGGGCUCCACCCCUCCCCUGCUGGCGCACCACAACUGAACCUACCACUGAUACUCAUGCUAAGGGGUACUCCAACCCACCCUGGCUGCUGCACAAAGCUGAUGAGAUUCUUCGUCUUCAAAAGCGAGGUAAUUCGUUAACACAGUGUCCAACAAUGAAUGAUAGCCACUGAGUCAAAGUCCAAUCAUUUAUUCAAAUUGGGUAUCAAAUGAUUGUACACUUUUUAAUUUGUAAAAUAAUAAUAUAAUAGUGAUAAUUAAUUCAUUACGUAAACUUAAAACUAAGAUACGAGCUCAUUUAACAAUUUGUAAUUCAUUGAAGAUUUUCUAUGAAAAAUCAUUUUCAUGUGACUCAGUGAAGCAUCAAUGUCAAAUGAGCUUGGUGGUGAUCAUUCGUAGUUAAGACAGAGUGUAUGUUGAUUCGCUAACUAAAUAACGUCGAACAUAGAAGUUCAUACAUUAAAUCGAUAUUUCGACUUUGAAAUGGUAACUGGUACUGAUUCUGAUCACAACUAAUGAAUUUUUACGAUAGUGUUUUUACCUAUUCUUCAAGGAAAUUUCUAAAUAAUUUUUAAAUACAUACCAAAAUUACGAAACCGGCAGGAUUCGAACCUGCGUCUUUUAGGUUCACGCCCGACGCUCUGACCGCUAACGCUAAAACGCUAAAAUUAUUAUUUUUGAUAAUAUGAGGCUUUAAUAACCAUUUCUUUAAUAACAAUAACUCAAUAUGAGUUAUGAUGUGAAUGUAUGUAAUUUAACUGUAAAAUGUGUAGUGAGUCAUAAAAAAAUAAGUUAGAAUAUUUACUACAUUU